GCCCGGGAGAAAACGCCUGACCUGAGCUCCUGCCCCCUACUGUACACCCUUAGCUUCCAGUUGCUCGUCAGUCAUCCGCACGUCUCUACACUCCGCCCGGGGUCCCCCCGGAGCCCUGUCUGCCAUGCGGUUCCUGUCUCUGGCCCCAGAGAGGCCCCGGCGAGGCGGCCCCCGCCACCUGCCCUUCGGCAGCCCAGCGCCACCGCCGCCGCCGCCGCUGCUUCUGCUGCUGCUGCUAGGUGGUUGCCUGGGGGUCUCCGGGGCGGCGAAGGGCUCUCGGAGGCCCAAUGUGGUGCUGGUUCUCGCUGAUGACCAGGACGAAGUGCUCGGCGGCAUGACACCACUGAAGAAAACCAAGGCUCUCAUUGGAGAAAUGGGAAUGACUUUCUCCAGUGCUUAUGUGCCAAGUGCUCUCUGCUGCCCGAGCCGAGCCAGCAUCCUGACAGGGAAGUACCCACACAAUCAUCACGUGGUUAACAACACUCUGGAGGGAAACUGCAGUAGCAAGUCUUGGCAGAAGAUCCAGGAACCGAAUACUUUCCCAGCAAUUCUCAGAUCAAUGUGUGGUUAUCAGACCUUUUUUGCAGGGAAAUACUUAAAUGAGUAUGGAGCCCCAGAUGCAGGUGGACUCGGACAUGUCCCUCUGGGCUGGAGUUACUGGUAUGCGUUGGAAAAGAAUUCUAAAUAUUACAACUACACUCUCUCUAUCAACGGGAAGGCACGGAAGCAUGGUGAGAACUACAGUGUGGACUACCUGACAGACGUCUUGGCCAAUGUCUCCUUGGACUUCCUGGACUACAAGUCCAACUCUGAGCCAUUCUUCAUGAUGAUCUCCACCCCAGCGCCCCAUUCGCCAUGGACAGCUGCACCUCAGUACCAGAACGCCUUCCAGAACAUCUUUGCACCGAGAAACAAGAACUUCAACAUCCAUGGAACGAACAAGCACUGGUUAAUUCGGCAAGCCAAGACCCCAAUGACUAAUUCUUCAAUACAGUUUUUAGAUAAUGCAUUUAGGAAAAGGUGGCAGACUCUGCUCUCAGUGGAUGACCUUGUGGAGAAGCUGGUCAAGCGAUUGGAGUUCAAUGGGGAGCUCAACAACACCUACAUCUUUUAUACCUCAGACAACGGCUAUCACACAGGACAGUUUUCUUUGCCAAUAGACAAAAGACAGCUGUAUGAAUUUGAUAUCAAAGUUCCACUAUUGGUUCGAGGGCCUGGGAUCAAACCAAAUCAGACAAGCAAGAUGCUCGUUGCUAACAUUGACUUGGGCCCUACUAUUUUGGACAUUGCGGGCUAUAGCCUGAAUAAGACCCAGAUGGAUGGGAUGUCUUUUUUGCCCAUUUUGAAAGGGGCCAGUAAUCUCACUUGGCGAUCAGACGUCCUGGUGGAAUAUCAAGGAGAAGGCCGCAACGUCACCGACCCCACGUGUCCUUCCCUGAGUCCUGGAGUGUCUCAAUGUUUCCCUGACUGUGUGUGUGAAGAUGCAUAUAAUAACACCUAUGCCUGUGUGAGGACCAUGUCAGAACUGUGGAACUUACAAUAUUGCGAGUUUGAUGACCAGGAGGUGUUCGUAGAAGUCUAUAACCUGACUGCAGACCCACACCAACUCAAUAACAUUGCUAAAAGCAUAGACCCAGAGCUUCUGGGAAAGAUGAACUAUCGGCUGAUGAUGUUACAGUCCUGCUCUGGACCAACCUGCCGCACUCCAGGGGUCUUUGACCCCGGGUAUAGGUUUGACCCUCGUCUCAUGUUCAGCAAUCAUGACAGCGUCAGGACACGAAGAUUCUCAAAACACCUUCUGUAGCACCUGUGCGGUUGGAUCUCUGCUCACCUCUUUCUGAUGAAGUGAUUGGAGUAGGUGUCUGUAGCUAGUCUUCAAGACCACGCCUGGAAGGGUUUCUGGACUGGCUUUAAGUCCUGUUUGAAAAAGCAACCCAAUCAGCUGACUUCCUUGUGCAAUGUGUUAAACUGUGAACUCUGCCUGUGUGUCAGGAGUGGCUGUCCCUGGUCCCUUUAUUUAGCUGAUGACAAUACUCCUGAGAUCUUUGUUCUCACCAAACCCUUUUUGUCCUGCGGCCACAGUUUUUAAUUAGUCCCCAUGUGAUCUGGACUUAAAAAUCCAUUCAGAUAAAUGGCACUGCUUUGCUGGGGGUGGGAAAUGUUUUUGGUAUCCAGCUUGACCUAAAAUCAGAGGACCUGCAUAGCAUUCCAGAUUAAGCACUUCACUAUCAAAAAUACCAAUAUCACAUGGCUUGAAGAACCACCAUCAGAGCUGAACCACCUGAUUAAAGACAAAAACCAUUGGUUUUAGAUAGUAAAAAUACACUUUUUAUAAUAACCAUCACAAUGUGAUAAGGUCACAAAUUCAAAACUUAUCAACCAAGCUCUGUUCAUUUUUGGGAAUUCUGGGCUUGUGCUUCAUUGAAAUAGAACAAUAGCAAGCUUUUGGUACAGGCUAAUUCUAAGUAGUUACUGAAGGUGAUAGACAUCUACUUGCCAGUGACUGCUCACAUAGUGAGCCAGUUAACACCAGGGCUGUUGAGGGAAUUUCACCCCUCUAAGAUCUGAAAGAUAAAGUGGGUUAAGUAUUUCAGCAGAGAAGGACUUCCAAGGGUUGGUGAAGGUUGUGUUUUCUGAGGGCCUCCUGUAGGUAGGGCUCUCGGGUUGAUGAAAGGCCAUAAAUUAGGUAUAGUAAGUGCCUGCCCAGCAAGGAGCCUGGGUUCCAGGCCCACAAGUGAAGUUGUGACACUCCCUCUGCAUUUUGCUGACAUUCUGUUAUAAAAGAUGUAAGAAUUUUAGAGUUGAUGUAAAGUACCAACUACUUAGCUUCUUCCCUUUCAGCUAACUUCCUGAGUUUUUGGAGUCUGGUGCAAUUUGGGCCUUGUUUACUAUUUCUCUGUCAAAAUCAGAUUUUUUUGACGUUUCGUCACUGUUUAGAACACCUAUAUUUCUGUCUCUUGGCUCAAAGACUAAUCCCCAUUAUGUUGUCUUCACAAGAAGGCUAGUUGAUGGUGGGGCAGCAGGUAAGAAGAGGAACUGUGGUUUAUAAUCUGUCCAACUCAGGCAGUUGUGAUUUUAGCUUUAUGUAAGGUCCUAGGUUGAGCUUUAAGCACUUUGUAACACAUGGCCAUAAUAAGUAACUUUCUAUCACAAUCCCAGAUUGCCAUGUUGGGUUAAUAGCCAUUAGGUUUAUUCCUUUACACAAUCCCAGUAACUAUGGUGGUAUUUAGAGGUGAAAUGGGCAAGAGAAAUGAAUACUUCUGUUUGAACUGUUUUAGAAAAAGAAAUUCUAACAGUUUUGUAACUAAAAGCAAACUACAAUGUUGAGUAUGGGUAUCAGCUUUAUUCUAUGAUUCUUAACAUUAAUCAGUCAGUUUCCAGAUUAAUGAAAGCUGACCAGUUAUUCCCGAAUAAAAAGAAACUAGCUCUUACGAGGUCUUGUACUGUGAUGUGGUAUUGUUCAGCUUUAUGAUGCUGCUUCCUGAAAGCAGAUGAGGUCGUGAGAGUAACUCAGAUCAACUAGCUGCUCUUUCAUGCAGCAGAUUUGGGCUUGGGUUGGUAGGGGGACGGACUGAAGCCCUCUUUGUACCUCUCAUUGUUAAAUGGUCUAAUUUUUUUCUCUUGGACUGGCUUCAUUCUCUGGAUCUAUGCUAAAAUCAUCUUUCAUAAAGAAGCCUCAGUUUAUAGACUAACAGACCACAAAAUGCACUGAAAUUCUUCAGACUAUGUAUAAGGGCCUCACUGUAGGAGGCUUGCCUUUUUUCUCUCACUUUUACUGACUGGAGGUUUAUUUUCCCUUUUAAGAAGACCAGGUGCCCUUCAGAAUAGAGAACUGUAACUAUUAGGAAUGAACAGAGAUCUUGGGGAUGAAUAAAGAUUUUGCCUUAUAAGACUUCCUAUCACAAAGCUCUCCCGCAAAUACAGUAACAUUCCCUGCAACUUUGAAUUUGACCAGCGGUGCUAUUUCUAAAUGUUUUAAUUAACAACACUAGGGUAGUCUGCCAACUGUUCUUAAAUUUAAGUGUCUAAGGAUUAGUAUUUGAACAGAAGAAGAUAAAUUGUCCCAGGAUCCUUAUUAAGAGACAGCAAAGGGGUGUUUAAACUGGUCCACCACCAGUGGAACUAGGUGGGCUUUCGUUUCACCACCACUUAGGUCCCACUGAAUUUGUGAAUUUCUGUGUUUGCCUCAUCUGUUCCUGGAAGUUCUCCUGGCUCUGUGUCAUCUCAGUCAUUUGACUUAGAAAGUGCCCUUCGAAGGACCCUGUUCACUGCUGCACUUUUCAAUGAAUUAAAAUUUAUUUC